AGGCAGGCUCGGUGCGCCCCUCCCCCGGCGGUGGAUGUGGCUGCCGAGGCGGUGGGCAUGGAGCUCAGCGCUGCCCGUCGAGUGUCCCUCCGUGCCAGGCCGGACGGCCGUUCGGCGCCUCCCUCUUAUCUGGCGCCCGUCGGGCAGCUGAAGCUCUCCAUCACCACCACCACCACGCAAGGCAAGAAAGACCUGAUCCUGUAUGUCAUGGAAGCCAAAGGCCUGAGGGGGAAGGAGUGCCAGCUUUGUGACUCCUUUGUCAAGGUAUCUCUUGUGCCAGAGACGAAUCGAAAGUGCAGUCACAGGACCAAGACUGUUCCGGACAGCCAAAGCCCCGUCUUCCAUGAGUGUUUUCUCUUCACUGUGCAAGAAGAAGAUGAGCAAAAACGUCUGCUGGUCACGGUUUGGAACCAACCAAGGAAUUCCAGGCAGAGCGAACUCAUUGGCUGCAUGAGCUUUGGUGUGAAGACUCUGCUGAGCCCAGACAAGGAGAUCUGCGGCUGGUACUACCUGUUGGGGGAAGACUUGGGCAGGACAAAGCACCUGAAAGUGGCCACACAGCGGCUGAAGCAGAGCAAAGAGCGGACGUUAGCCAAGGCAGCUGCGUUACUGGUCAGGCAGCAAGAGGGGAACGUGGAGCAUCUCAAGAUCACAAUCCCACGUGGCAAGAAUGGGUUUGGAUUUACCAUCUGCUGUGACUCCCCUGUCCGGGUUCAAGCAGUGGACUCUGGAGGCCCAGCAGAGAAGGCCGGAUUGCAACAACUGGAUGCUGUCCUUCAGCUCAAUGAGCAGCCUGUCGAACACUGGAAAUGUGUGGAGCUGGCACAUGAAAUCCGGAACUGUCCCCGAGAGAUCAUCCUGCUGGUCUGGCGCAUCGUCCCUCGGGUCAAACCUGGCCUAGAAGGUGUCACCCACCGCUCCUCCUGCAAAUCGACAUAUGACUUCCAGUCACCACCCAACAAACGAGAGAAGAACGGCGCGCUGCGGCCCCACCCCCCUGAACAUCGCCAAAGCUGCCACGUUGUCUACAGUGGGAAUGAUGGCCUGGUGCUCAAUGGCUGGGAGCGCUACACAGAACUUGGGAAGGUCCCCCCUCAGCAACACACCAUGCCCCCCCUCUCCAGAUCCCCUUCUGCAGGGGGUGGCGACAAGAACUACAUCAUCCUGGCACCACUCAGUCCAGGAGGCCAGCUUCUGAGGCCAAUCUACCCAGACGGCAAAACCCCCAGAGGCAAUGCAUGCAAAAGUGGAUCCCAUGGCAAGAAAUCCCGACUAAUGAAGACUGUGCAGACCAUAAAAAGCAGCACCACCACCACCAACCCCCAGAGCUGCAUGAGGACUCCCAUCCCUCACUCCAGUUACGGCACCUACGUGACACUGGCCCCCAAGGUGCUGGUCUUCCCCAUCUUUGUGCAGCCCCUGGACCUUUGCAAUCCUGCUCGGAUGCUGCUGUUGUCAGAAGAGCUGCUCCUUCAUGAGAUCCGAAACAAACCUACAAAGGUGACUCUCUUCAUCUACUCAGACUUGCUGCUGUUCACCAAGGAAGACGAACCGAGGCGGUGCAACGUCCUUCGGAACCCCCUUUACCUGCAGGAUGUCAGGGUGCAAGAAGGUUGCUCUGAGGAUCUAAAAUUCUGCAUCCUGUACCUGGCUGAGAAGCUGGAGUGCCUGCUCAGCUUAGAGGCUCACUCCCAUGAGCAAAAGAAGAGGAUCUGCUGGAGCUUGGCCGACAGCAUCUCAAAGCAGCAGCCAACAACGCCCACAGCUCCUCCUGCCGAGAGCAAGAUGUUUGAGGCAGAGGCUGCGAAUCCAGGGGCAAUGCCCUCCGCAGGGGAGGACGGGAUGAGCUGCCUCGCCCACCCUGCAGGGGAGGACUCUGCAGAGGAGUUAUUGCCGGAGAACACCCUGACAAAAGCGGAGAAGGGGGGCAGCCCUGUGCAGCGCAGGGAGGGGGAAGAGCCUCACAGUGGCCCCCCAGCAUUCACAAUCCCCAGGUUGCAGCUGGACAGCACCUUUAACCAGGUGGAUAUAGCAGGCAUGGCCACCUUUAGCCUCGAUGGCCCAGCAGACCUGGGGGAGGAGGAGGAGGAGGACGAGGAGGAGGAGGAGGAAGAGGAGGAGGAGGAAGAAAGCCAUGAGGCCUGCCUGAGCCGAGGGGAGGGGAAGCGCAGCAGCAUGUUCGAAGCUCCGGCUUGUGAGCAGCCGCCUGGCAGCCUGAGUCUGCAGAGCUCCCUGCAUCGCCGCCGCACACACAGCGAAGGCAGCCUCCUCCAGGAGCCUCGCAGCAGCCACUGCUUCGCCUCCGAUACCAGCCUGAACUACGCAGAGGCGCAGGGUCCAGCCAGCAGCUGGACGCUGCCGUCCCCCAAGACCCUCAAGAAACAGCUGGCCAAGAACGGGGGCUCCAUCCACCAACUCACCCUGCUGUUUGUUGGGAACCGGAAGCAGCAGCAGCAGCACAUGCUGGACCCCGACUGCGCCUGUGAGCGAGGAGCUGCCCGCAAAAAGACAAACAAGAACCUGGCCAAAGACGUGAAGAACCGGCUGGGGCUCUUUCGACGGCGGAACGAGGCCCCCGGAGGCCACCCCGGAAGCAAGGCCAACAGAGGGCUGAAAUUGCUCAGGCCAACUCCUGAAGAAGCCCUCAAGUGGGGAGAGUCCCUGGAAAAGUUGCUUCAACAUAAACAUGGGCUGGCUUCCUUCCGUGCCUUCCUGCACACCGAAUUCAAUGAGGAGAACCUGGAGUUUUGGCUGGCAUGUGAGGACUACAAGAAGAUAAAGUCCCAGUCCAAGAUGGUUUCCAAAGCCAAGAAGAUCUUUGCAGAAUACGUUACUGUCCAGUCCUGCAAAGAAGUCAACCUAGACUCCUACACGCGGGAACUCACCAAAGAGAAUGUGCAGAAGGUCACCAGGGGCUGCUUUGACCUGGCCCAGAGGCGGAUCUACGGGCUGAUGGAGAAGGACCCCUACCCCCGCUUCCUGCGCUCAGAGUUGUACUUGGACCUUGUUAACCAGAAGAAACCCAGCCCUCCUCAGCCGUAGAGGCUCCCAGGCUGGCCAGCUUCUCUUGGAAGACCCUUUUGGGAGGUGGAUGUUUACAUGGGAUGGACAGCCUUUUUGGUAGGAUGCCAGCCUGCACAAGAAGCCAUAACUGCCCUCCGGAAGGGGCUCGGGGUUGGACAACCCAGCAGUCUGGCACUGUUCCAUCCCAGAAACCUGCGUUGUCUCUCUGGUACGACACUGUCCUAGCAACCAGGGGCUAAGGGUUGGGGAUCCUGCCAAACCACUGUGAAAUUCAGAGCUGCCUUCCCUCCCCUGCCCCCCUACCCAUUCUGGGGGUGCAGAUACCAUGGGAUCCCUUUCUCAGCACAGACCAGGAUUUGGCACCAAGAAGGCUUUAAGGGCACGCAGGCAAAUGGAGCCCCUCCUUCCAAAGAUAUGCUAACAAAAGACUCCAUUUCUGGGAAUAAUUAGCCCUUGGGCGUCUCUUGACAAAAGCUGUUCCUCUUUUUCUCUCUUGUUCUUCUCGCUAAUGAUGCUGAUCUGUUCAAACUGCUUUUCUUUGCCCAUCUGAUUGUCGUCUGUCUCUCUAGGUUUAUUUAUUGAAAUCUCGCUGGAUACUCAGCAGGUUGCAUCUGUGAGAGCUACUCAACUUCUGACUGAGUUUUUUCUCUUUAAUUUAAGUGCAAUGUUGUUGUUGUUCAUGUGCCUCUUUGCCCUGUCCCCACCCCCCUCCAGAACUUUGCCUUGGAGUGAAUGAGGAUAAGUUCUGAGUGCGAGGUGCAUCUCUUGUUGUUGUGAUGUCUGUUCUCUUCCUACCUAGCCAUGUUCUACCCCAGCAGCAGGCAGCUGGGUGGUUUGUAAAAAGGAGAUUUAUAAUGGUAUAUUGUUGCCACAGUGGUAAACUUAAUAAGGCCGUAUAAAUCUGAUGCCUCUCUGUGCUGCACAGGGGAGAGGAGAGAGAGUGUGCGUGUGCGUGCGCUGGCUUGUUCAUGUUUUGCUCCAGACCGGGCUCCUCUUUUGAGAAAUCUGGUGGACAGUUGUUGGCCAAGUGCCCAGUUUACAAUUCAAACCCAUCUCUGCAGUUAGUUUUUUAAAAACUUUUUUUAAUGUCAUGGCUAUUUAGGAUAAAUAAAGAGACAAUAGAACUUC